AUGACACUACUUGUACCUCUGCUCCACCUACUCGCGCUCUUUACAGCCUUCGCCUGUGCAGAUCUCACGCGCAACCCGAUCGUCGCACUACGUCCGCGCAACCUCGUGGCAUUCUACCCCUUGCUAUUGGACUCGAGAGACUAUGCCCCUAAUGGAACUGCAGAUGGCUACACGCAAGAUGGCUACUCUCACACGACCAUCAUACCAAAACUCGGAGGGAGGCUAGAGCAAGGCACUGGAUUAGACUUCCCAGUUAAUAUCCAUCGUCGCAGCUUCCCACACCUGACAAUCGGCGCCUGGGUACAAGUAGGUGAGGCUAUGGCUGUCAACAGAGGCUGUCUAUUAUCACAGACCGGAUCAAGCGUUGGUCGAUCAGUGUGUGUAGACAGAGGCAAGUGGACAGUAGGAGGUCAAGUAUUAGACGUCGCAAUGAAAUUUGACGAGUGGUCCUUUGUCGCGGUGGUGUUUGAUGAAAAUUCGACCCAAUUUUUCGUGGAUGGAGAGAUAAAAGAGAUCAAUACUGUGGUGGGGAGUGUGGCUAGUCCUUUAUUGGUGGUUGGAGCCGCAGCAAACGACCCAUUAACCGGGUUUACAGGAUACGUUAAGUCUGUAUUUGUAUUCGAUUCUGCUCUGUCUGAAACGGAGUUAGCCUAUUUGAUGACGACGAAAGAGGUUAAAGUGGAGGUUAUUCCAGUUCCUACGCUAGUGCCGGAUCCAGUGGUAAAGGUUCAACCGAAGCCUCAUUUGUAUCUAAAAGACCGGUUAGAGAAUUCCGUCAGUGCAAGACAGGUUAUUGACCCGGAUGCAGAUGAAUACAAUGCCGCCUUGCCGGUACUCGACGACACAGAAUUAUUAUCUGUAGAGCUGGUAUACGCAGACGACAUUCCGACCGAUGAGGGCAAUUCUGUGGAUUUCACUCCGUUUAAUUUGUGGUCUUUGGAGCCAAAGCUGCGUGAUGUUCACGUCGGGUCCAAAGUGACUGUGCAAGGCUCUCCAAGCUUUGAUAGUCUGACCUCGAUGUGCAGAAUAAAUGACGAUAUCAGCUUCGCUCCCUACAAGGUGACAGCACAUUCAAUCGCCUGCCAGAUCCCAGAGAUGAACGUACAAGCUGGUAACGUCACAAUUAAGAUCUCCAUUUCGCAGGAUGGAGUAUUUUUUACUUCUAUCGGAGAGUUCAGAUUGCUCCAGAGACCGUCGAUCAUCCGAUUAUCUCCACUGCAAACGUUACGUUCCGUUAACCCGCAAGUUAUUGACAUUUUCGGGAUGAAUUUCGUAAAUUUGUCUACUCUGAGCUGCUCGAUCGGCGAUUUGACCGCUUUAACGACAUUCAUCUCCUCGUUUAGGAUACAGUGCGCGAUUGAGUCUACACGCUACUAUGAAAGGUUAUCAAGUGUGCAAGUUGAUGUUACUGCCAAUGGAGUGGACUUUUCAGACGACCCGAAAGAUUUGGAGUUAAUAAAUGCACCAAUUAUUGACAGACUGUCGCCGGACAAUGGACCCACAACAGGAGGAACAGUAGUCGAGAUAUCAGGUCAUGGGUUUCUUGAGAAUAUGCGCUACGCUAUUUAUUGUGGCCAAAAUGUGACGGAUGAUGUCGAGUUUAUGAGUCCCAAUUUACUAAUUUGGAGAACUACAGGAGCUAAUUUCACAGGUAUUGUGGGCGUGAAGCUAAAAGUCGAGGAUAAGCUGGUUCCUGAGAUCCCAAGCUUGCAGUUCUCCUUCACGUUGACACCACAAAUUACGUCAAUUUUCCCUCAGCUUCUUCCUGUUCGAUCAGAAAUAUUACUGACAAUUUCUGGAAGUGACUUUGGCGAUUUUGCUGAACUUCGUUGUUCAUUCAAGACGUUGACAAGUGGCGGUAAAGCAUUGGACUCGACAUCUUGGACGUCCAUAGCAACGUUUAUAGCUUCAUCCAUUGUUCAGUGCCCGACACCACCGUUCCACGACGCAGGGUUUUAUGCGGUUUCUGUAUCGAACAAUGCUCAGGACUUUUCGUCCAUAUCAAGCCUUGCCAGCAUUACUAUUCACGACGAAAUUCUUCUGGAAAAUGCAUCAAUCUCGUCCGGACCGGCAACAGGAGGAACUAGCGUUGAUAUCACAGGGAAACAAUUUGUGAGAUCUACUGAUGUGACCUGUCGAUUCGGACAGAGUCGAGCUCGAGGGUAUUUUAUCUCAGAUUCAGUGAUUCGAUGUAUUAGUCCAGCGUGGAGUCCAGUGAUUGUCACUGAAGGAAUUUCACCGGUACCAAUUCGAGUCGCACUGAACGGACUUGAUUUCUCCAGUUCUAGUCUUUCUUUCCAGUACUAUGCUCCACCCGUGGUUGAUGCGAUAUCGCCGGUGAAUGUACCUGUGAAUACUUCUGUAUCUCUCGCUCUUAAUGGGAAGUAUCUCGUGUCAUUUGGAGGAAUUGUCUGUCGUAUUGGGACGUUACUAGUCACCGGAACCGCGAAGAAUGGCGGUCGAAUGAUUCAAUGCAAUCGCCUCCAUACCUCCAUGGACUCUGGUUUCGUGGAGAUCAGUGUUUCUCUUAAUGGUGGACGUGAUUUUACACGAACUCGAAUCAAUCUUCUAGUACACGAACCGGUCGCAUUACGCGGACUUGAUACACCUUACGUAGCGAAGAACGUCAAUUCUUCUAUUACAGUACGAGGACAAGGUUUUCUAAAAGGUGAUGGAACAAUGUGUGUCUACGGAGAGAAGCUAACGACUGCCUCUGUCAUCAGUUCAGAGAUUCUAACGUGUCCUCUACCGUCUACAAUCCAGUCUGGUCGUAACUAUGAGCUACGUAUUAGCCUAAACAAUGGCACCCAUUUGUCGAACAGUUCUACGCACGUGUACGUGUAUGACCUGCCAACAUUCGAUACUAUUUCGCCUCAGACAGAGAUUCUUCAUGUAAAGGGUGCUGGGUUCGUUCUCAAUGACAGUUUUUUGCUGGCGAUCGAGUGCAUUUUCGGAGAUUACGUUCGUGUUGCUGCACGAGUGGAUAAUGACUCAAGUUUGUUUUGUGGUAUUCCAGAAAUGGAGUUGAGUGGAAAUACGUCGAAGACAGUGGCCGUUAGUUUUCAAGUUGGAGGAUCCAUUAUCACAACUGAUUUUACCUAUACAUAUGAACCUACUCUCAAGUUUGUAGCUUUUGAUCCUGGUGCUGUACCGGGUAGAAUGCCUCUCAUAUUUCAAAACAAUUGGUCACAUGGCUAUACUUUAACACCCAAUUUCUCAUUCGACACUCCAAUGCCUAGUACAGACACUCCAGUUCUAUUACUACCUGUCGUACUCCCUGAAAUUUACGAUGUUUCACCGAAACUUGUGGAGAAAGGUUCGCGCGUAAAUAUCACGAUACAUGGACAGAAUUUCAAGAAAAAUAGCACUUUCUGUCAUUUUAGCUCGCAACAAAAGCCCAUUCCGGCGGUCGUCAAGUCUCACGCAGUCGCGGUGUGUGCCUUCGACGGCUCUUUCGUUCAUCCUGGCAGUAUCAGCCUCUCGUUAAGCUUAAAUCGUUUACGACCAAGCAUUACUGCCGCAGCUUUUUUUGUACUCUUAGACUGUCCAACAAUCACGUCCAUUUACCCUCGACGAGGUCCUCUUGAUGGAAAUACAACAGUUCACAUCGCGGGUACGGGUUUCGUUGACAAUCAAGCAUUGUAUUGUCAUUUUGAUGGGCUACCUAAAGUACUUGCCAGAAGACUUACAAGCACCAUGGUUCAAUGCCUCACACCGCCGAGUCGAAGUGGACGAGACUCGGUCCUUCGCGUCUCGAUCGACUCAAGUAUUUAUUCUUCAAAUAGUAUACAGUUUGUGUACCAAGACAUGCCUCAAUUGGCGAGCAUGUCACCGUCCUAUGGUAGUGUUGAAGGUGGAACGAUGGUGGUUCUUAACGGGCGAUGGCUGAAUGUUUCAGAAGAUGUUGUCAUGUGUGCAUUUGGCUCUAUUCGAGUUGAUACGCAGAUUGGGAAUUCUACUAAUGUUAUUGUUGCAUCGCCUCCUAGUGCGGUUGGAAUUGGCGAUGUGACUGUGAAGUGCACGCUGAAUGGAGAGCUGAUUACACCGGCUAAGUUUUCGUUCCAUUAUCUCCUGACACCUUAUCUUUCUCGUAUUGCGCCACAAAUGGGUUUGGUAUCUUCUAGUACCAAAAUUCUGGUCGAUGGCAUUGGUUUCAGUGAAAAGUACCCUAUGUCAUGUCAUUUUGGCAACGAGAGCAGUCCUGCAAUCGUUUUAUCUUCGUUUCAACUGGAAUGUAUUGCUCCACCGUAUAGUCUAGGUAUUGUUAACAUCAGUGUUACAUUGAGUGGUGCCUCUGUUGGAAACUCAUCUGUCGCUUUCGAAUAUAUUGCUGAGCCAAAGCUUCAGCAGUUGAUCCCACCGCUUGGCUCUGAGGGUGGAUCUACGAGGAUUCUAAUCGUUGGAGAGAAAUUUACUCGUCAUGCCGAUAUGAGCUGCUUAUUCAGUCGUGACGACGACCCCGUGGUUGUAACUACGGCUGCGUUCUGGAUAAGCGAAGGGGUAAUCAUUUGUCAUACCCCGCCAUUUAGUCCUGGCCUGGCUUACGUCCAGCUCGCACUGGGUGAGAAUCUCGCAAGUAACAGACUACCAUUCAACUUUACCAUUGAACCACAGGUAUUCUCUGUUUCGCCCAAGCGUAGCUCCGGGGCUGGAAACGCUAUAGUAACGAUAACUGGAGCUGGAUUCGUUAAUUCCAACGUUUUUCGCUGCAAAAUGGGUACAACAAUUGUUCGGCCGGUCAAAUUUGAGAGCGAAUCACGUGUUAUUUGUAAAUUUCCGCGCCAAAUUCAUUCAGGAUUUCUCCCUGUACGAGUAUCGAACAACAACCAAGAUUUUACUACCGAUCCAGUGUUAUUCACGCUAUAUCCCCCGGUCGUGGUAGACUAUGUUACUCCACUCUACGGAUUGGUUGACGAGGAAUUUACCAGAGUGAAUCUGGUGGGUCACAAUUCUCACAAAAUGGUCGAUUUGGUAUGCCAAAUUAUUCAAGAUGGUGUCAAUCUAGCUACUACUGUAGCCAUCUUCGUGAGUACAUCGAUGCUGACUUGUUCACUGCCGACACCGACGGAGUUUCACUCCAUUUCCAACGUGUCUGUAGCUGUGCCAAUGACGCUACAAGUGAAAGAAAUCUCACAGGAAGAGACAAUAUUUGAAGCUCCGUUCCGGUACCUGGCAGCGUCAAUACCGAUGGCUGUAUUCCCAACGCUUCUGCUCGUAACAGGAGGACAAACGGUGGUCAUUGAGGCUGUGAAUCUGGUAUCUGGCAUUGAUUUGGUAUGCCAAUUUGAAUCGUAUUACCCAUACGACCAGACGUCAUUCGUGUCUUGGGUCACUGAUGCUCUCGUAUGUUCGAAUUCCAACUGUUCGGACACUGACAUCAACCAGAAAGUUAAAAAGUGGAAGCGUAAUGGUUUCUAUAGUCGGACAGAAUUUCUAUAA